GCCAUUGCAGGUAAUUCCGACAAAAAGGGAGAUAUAACACAGGGAAUUCCUAUGCCACAGUUUUCUUUUGAUGCUGAAGGUUUAUCGUCCACGGCUGCUGUGAUUCCAACACAUUCACGCGGAAAAAAUAUCGCAGCUACCGACCUUGAGGCGCUUUUACAUAAAGCUCUCGAUAGAGCUAGUGGGGAUGACAUGGAAGGCCGAUCGGCCUCCGGUGGUGGAAAAGAUAUGGUACGUAUAUGGCACAAAACAAUAUAAUGCAAUGUAAUAUAAUGCAAUGCAAUACAAUACAAUACAAUACAAUACAAUGCAAUGCAAUGCAAUGCAAAUGCAAUACAAUGCAACACAAAACAAUACAACCCAAAAACAAUACAAUACGAUACAGUACAAUGCAAUGCAAUACAACGCAACGCAAUGCAAUGAAAUACAGUACAAUACAAUGCACUGCAACGUAAGGCACUACAACGUCAUGCAAUACAAUAUCAAGUUUACUUGAAUACAUAUACUAAGCUAUGCACCAUGCAUCACCUACCAAAUCCAACUUAAGCACUGAGACGGGGAUUACGCACCAGUUACUUUUUCUAUAGCCUAUGUAUAGCUGCACCCUCCCCCCGACAAACGAAAAACAUUUUUCCUUUGUCGGGGGGAGGGCGCGGCUACUCGUAAGCUACGUUUCCUAACGAGUCAAUUUGUGAAACAAAGGACCAUUCGUUAAUCUAACAGAUUUGUCAAGAUUAACUUUCUGUCUCGCUUAGCUAAUACAAACUGGUAAUUACUGCACGUUCAAAAACACCACGAUGUACGAAAAAAUGAAAACCUCACUCACUCCCUCAAUCACUGACUUGAUCCUCUAUACUGCGUGUCUUCUUGCGCUUUAUGCCACACAAGGAUAUUCACAUAACUUUUUUCGAAUGUCUAAUGCCAAGUUUCUUACAGUAGCCUAUGAUUUUUCCUUGAUAAAUAUAAGUAACUCGUACUUUAAUCAGACUGACCAUUCUUGUUUAGAAGUGUUCCUUCUUUAUCAUCGUUUUCCCUUCAGGAAGAUGAAGAUGAAGAAAAAGAGGACACCAAUACGUCUGUCUCACCGAAAGCCAGUGAGUCCCCCCAACAUCAGCAUCUUUCUUUUCAUGAAAGUGCGGACAAGAGAAACGAGACAUUUGUAGAUUAUCCUAAGAAACGAAGGCUUCCGGAAAGCAGUGAACAAUUUGAAUCAGAAAGACAGAGCGCAAAUUACUAUCGCGAUGAUUUUGCCAAAGAAUUCAUGCCAAGAGAAAGAAGUGCUGAUAAGAAUGAUGUAGAAAAGAAAAGCAAACCUUUUCAUAGAAAUCUUUCAAAGGUUGCUGACCCUAAGAAAUCGAACUUAACAGAAAGUGAUGAUGCUUUUAUGGCCAACGAAACAUUUGCUGAAAAUAUCCGUGAUAAUAAUUUCCGAGGCGAAUCUAACAAAAUCAAGGCAAAUCAAUCGCUGUUUGAUGGACCGCGAUCACCAGACAUGAAUUCAAAGUUUGAAGACACUGAAGUCAACAAUGGCGGAGAAACAGCCAACCCUGUUGUGGAAAGCUCAAAAAUGACAGUUACAGGGGAAAACAAAUCUAUAAAAAGAACGAAAGAACAAGCCGAAGCACAGCUGGGAAGUGGGGAUCAGCUAGUUGAGCAAACCCAAUUUAGAGGAGAUGUGCGUAAGGAAGAAUCAUCGGACAUUUCUGUCCUUGAUGAAGAUUAUGGUUCCGGGGAGAACAGCGGUCAAUAUGUCAAUGAAAAUGCUCAAAGUCCUGAAAAUGACCAGGAAAGAUACUAUAACAAAAUGGCAAAACAAGAUAAUAUUAUCCAGGAAUCGACAAAUGCGGCAUCAGGGGAUAAAAUCGAUGGAAAAACAGGUGUGAAUAACGCUGGGAAUUACAAGGAGGCAAAACUAAAUGAAGUGCCUUUCGAAAAAAAUAGGACAGACACAUUGCAGUCAGAUGAGGCAGUUGACGCUAAUGAACUAAAAAGCAAGCUUGCGAACAAGGCUGACAUUGAUACUCCUGAAAUAACUGGGGAACAUUUGGACCAGGGCUCUACAGUAGACUAUACCAAUGAAGAUUCUAGGGAGGAAUUCCUCCCAUCGAGGACACAGUCUGUCUCAAACAAUCCUGAAUCUACCAUUUCAGAGAAAGACGUUGGAAAAAAUUACAACGUACCGGACGAGCAGACUAAUUUUCAGGAUUUCCAAAGAAACCAACUAGGCAAUCCGGGUCAACCUGUUAUUAAUGCGACAGUUGACAAUUCAGGUGAAAAUACCAUUGUCCAGGAAACAAUGGGAGAAAGUUCUAGGGCACAAGAACAAGGUCCACUGAGUGACAACACAAGUUUUAUAGACGCGCCCUCUUCAACUCAUGACACGAAUUCAGCAGGCAUGGACACAGAAGGUACACAGUUUUCAGAUCUCUAUGGGGUUUCCUCUCGAGAAAACACCACUGUAGAUGAUGAUUCCGACGAGAUUCCAGUGUACAUGUUAUCGUCACCAUCAAGUACUAAGGAUUCGUUCAAUGGAGAGGAAAGCACUGGGUCACCCAUCUUUACAGCUCCGACUUCGUCCGUGUCGACUUCAUCUUCAUUCUCAUAUUCUGAACCAUCGACACUCCCAUUGGGGGAUGGUUCAUUUUCUUCAAUAGACGAUCCCUCCGAAGGCGAUCAGUCCACUUUUCAGAGAGAAAGAAGUAAGUGGUCGAAGAAAAAAAGAAAAAAAAAUGCUUAAACACAAUCCAGACCUAAGUGUGUCCUUUUUGCUAUUGACACAGAAAUGGUACCCCAGUCGAGCCAGGCGAUUUCUCAUGUAUUUUAUUACUUUUUUAAGUGACAUCUUCUAUAAGUGUUUUACAUUUCCACGCCUAUCCGUAAACCAAACUUCUAAUCGUCCCUUGGUGAUUACAAGACAACACCCCUAAAUCAAUUUAACAUUACGGGCUUAAACCGCCUUAUGCUGAUCUUGUUGUCUAAAAAUGCAAUUGAAAACAUUUCCAUUGGAGUCACGCAGACCCCAGCCUGAAUUUCAGACGUCACUCAUAUACUCCCUAAAGAUUAGGCGACUUGAAGGGAUGUCUGAAAUUCAGGCUACGCGGGAGUUUUCGUUUCGGUAAAUAUUUCAGAGGAAGUAUCAGAUUGGACAACUUUCCGCUACACUUGCCCAGACUUUCAUAAAUUCAAGUAUUUCACCUUCUUUUUAUUUGUCCUCUUUAGAUGGAUUUCAAAAAGACAUGCUUGACGACCCGGUAGAGGAGUCCUUAGACGCCGCUGUUGACAGUAGAAGAUCCAACGUGGCUGUUGCUUAUGAGGCGGUUGCUGACAGUUAG